GGGCGCGCAUUUCGAGUACACUUCCGAACAGGGGCGAACACGGACAAGUCCAAAUCACAACACUGUCAGCUGUGGCGUGGCAAAUAACCAUAAAUAAUUUCAAGGUCGACAGUGUAACCGUGACGGCUGCGGUGCGCACCGUUGCCGAAAGUCUCGUCUCGCGACGCCGCAAUGCUGCAACUACACUAGUCAGCGAAUUGGCCUCGUCCGCCGUUCACUUCGUCACCGAAUCUCUCAGACUGUCUUCGUGGCCACCGGUAACGAAAUUGAACCGAUUUCCACCGAAGAUAAUCGACCCGAAUCUCAAACAAACAUGGCCGUAGGUGAGUUGAUCCUCUUGUUAAUCCAAUAUCUGUUUAUCGACUCGGUAACGUUAAUCAUAAAAAUUAUCACUUACCUUACCCACUUAUAUUGUUGUUGUUUUUUUUAUCACAAAUACUGUAUCCUAUUGUCCUUAUUAUGCGAGCUAUAAAUUAUCUUGUACCUAAUAAUAAACCAUCUACACACGCGCACACACACGAAGUGUUUAAUUUAAAAACUAAUAAUCAUAGCUCGAGUGAGGCGAAACUAUAUCCCCGUUUAUUGGUCUCAGUCUAACGGGCGACAUAAUUGUAACGAAAUUAGAGAUUAAAAAGCGGUUAUAUUUUCGGAAGCAAUGCGUAGCCGGGUUUCUAAAAAUAUUGUGAAACAAAAAGUCACGCAUUGGUUUUCGCUUUUUUUAUGUUCAACACAUAUUUUAGAACAUAAAUAACAUAAUUGUGCCGUGUUGCCCGAAUUGUGAUUUUUUUCAAUUUAAGAUGAGAUAUUUAUGUUGUAUAGGUAAUAUUUUUUAUAAUAAUUAUGUUGUAAUUGUAUUAUUAAUUGACUGACUAAUUAUAUAGUUACCAAUGGAUAGGAUUAUUCACAUAUUCACAUUGUAAUCAAUACAUUUUUAAUAGAUGAGUCAUAAAUAGGCCUAUUGAUAAUAUAGUUUAUAGGUUUUACUGGUUUACUAAAUAUUAGACAAAUAUACAUAAAUAAUAAUGCAAUUUACAUUCAAAAGUUCUACCAGAAAUGUUCAAAUUUUCAAUGUGUAGCACCUUUACUUAAACGAAAUUUUCCUGGGGUGGUACUUUAAACAGGUCAUUUAUUGAUUUUCAAGCAGUUUUAAAAAUAAUUGGAAAGAACUUGGAACAUUUACGAAAAUAAUGCUUUUUAUUGUUUUUUUUUUUUUUGUAAUUCAGUUAAAAAUGUUCGCAGAGAUUUGACAUUUGUAUAGAAACCUUACAUUUAUCUUUUUUAGUCGUGGUAACAUUUUUAAAAUUUUUGAGCUAUUUAUAGACAUUUGAAUUAGGCGAGUUUUUUUUGUAAUAUUUAUUUGGACCGACUCUGUAGAUAAAAUUGUUACACCAAACAGAAAUGCUUGCAAAUUUAACAGGAGGUUUAUUAUAAGUUAUACUUAAUGGUCGAUAAGAAAAAUUUGCGUUUAAUGAAGUAUUUUUAUUUUUUAAAAGAAUUUUAAUAUUAAAUUUUGACAAAAAUCGUAAAUAUUACGGCAUUUCAAAACAUGUUUAACCGAACUUCUUUCCGAAUCGUUUUUCAUUAGCAAUGUUUUAUCGUUGCUUAUAGAUAUAAAUCGAAUAACUUUAUGUAUUUUACCUUCUCAACUUUCACCUACAACAGUGGACUACUCAUCGUGCAAAGUAUGUCUGUCUGUUUUAAAAUAAACUCUAAAAAUUUACUCUUUAAAAAGUAUAUAUUAUAUAGGUAUACUACACAGAAAUUAUAUGGUAGUGUGACUAUUUGUUUAAAAUCAUAUCAUGGUUUAUUGAUCUUAUGCCAAAAUGAAGUUAUUCUGUCACAUUAAUAAUAAACUUUAAAUAUUCUUUGAUCUGAACACAUUAUUUUAUUAUUAUAACUCGAAAAUGCAUUAAAAAAAAAAAAAAAAGCUUUGAUACUGGAGAUAAGUGCGGCCACUUUUGUAGGUGGGUAAAAAUACAUACAAAUUUUGUAAAAUUUCUAUAAAUAACUCAAAAAUGGCUGAAAUGCUUUUGAAAAUUGUACCUAGUUAUGAAAAAGUGAACAUAAGUUUUCUGUCAAGUAUCUACGAAUUAAGAAAAGAAAAUUAAAAUACGAUUUUCUUGGUUACUGACGAGAAUAAAAAUUCAACAAGAAAAAUCUCUUGAUGUUUUUUUCUAUUUGAGUAAUAUUUCUGGUAAAAAAACAAAAAGUGUACAAAUUUUGAAUAAUGAAAUUGUAACGCCGUAAAUUUGUCAAUUUUCAUUUUACUUUUUUUCCAAUUUUUCCUAAAUAUUCUUUAAGGUAUUUAAUCUAUUACAGUGUUAUUAUAUAAUAAUACAAUAAUAUACCAUAAUUUAAUAUAGUUAUGAACGAUUUUUGGCAAGCAAGCAACAUUUUUUAAUAGGUACAGGUAUUUAGUUUGUGAAAAUUAGAUUAUUUAAAGAACUAUUAAAUUUAAAACUUAUAAUGCAUAUAAAUAUGAAUUAUGACAUUGUACUUGACUUUUUUUUUAAUCAUCAAGUUUGUUUCAUACUGAACUUUCUAUCAAAUUUUUGAGCGUUUUUAUUAAUCUAAUAAAUUGAAUUUAAAAACUAAAUGAAAAUCAAUACAUUAUUACCUAGAUUUUUAAUUACUUAUAAGUAUUAAAUAUCUAUUAUAAAUAUAUAUUAUUAAUAAAUAAAUUAGAAAUUAGAAUUAUUUCUAAAUGAUUUUAUUUUUCAUUUGUUUUAGAAAUAUCAACAACAGACAGUCAAGAUUAUAAAUUCAAUCCAUUAAAUUUUGGUUCAUUACAUUUCACUGUCAAAGCACCAAAUGAUGCUCAUAUUGUCUUAUCGGCCACUGCAGAAAAUAAGCCGCCUAAAUAUGAGGUACUUAUUUUUUAUUUUAUUGUAUUGACAUUAUAUAAUAUAGAUUAGUUACCUAUACUGCUCUGUUAAAAUGAAAAACAGUAACUGACAAUAUUUCAUAAAUGAGAUUAUUGUAGGGUAUUGUUUUGAGAGGUCAUUAUUUUACAUUGGUUUUGCUAACAUAAAAAACAGUAACACAUCAUUUAGACUCUCUAAAUGAGCUUUGAAUAUGUAGCAAAAACUAUCUACUAAAAUCUUACUGAUUACUAGACAAAUAAGUAGUAAAAAAUAUUAUUAAUUAUUAAUAUAAUAUAAUAAUAUAAUUAUUAAUCUGUUUUAUUGUAUAAUUUCAAAACCAAAGGUUUCUAAGAAUACAAACUAAUUUUUUUUUUAAAAAGUUAUUUUUUAUUAAUUAAAUAUGUAAUUGGUUAAAUUAUGAUGUUUUUAAUUUGUUAUGUUUUUCUAAAAAAAGAGGAAAUAUGUGUAUGUUUGAUGAUAUGUUUCAUUAAUACUGCUUUUUUAACUGUAGUUUUAUUAAUUUUUGAUCAUCACAAAUACUGUACCUACUUAAAUUUGUCAUUAAAAGUAUAAAUAUUUGAUUUAGGAAAAAGAAAAUUAUUUAAAAUAAUUUUUGAGGUUAAUAACUACUAAUAAUGAUCAAAAUAUUAUUGAAUAAUAUUGUUAAUGUGUGAAAAAGUGAAAAAAAAAAAAUAAAAAAUCUAUUUUCCAAACAUUUGCAUUUUUGUAGAUAUUGCUUUCCAUUAUAGCUGUUCAAUAUAAAGCUAUAGCUAUUAAUAUGUAUUUUUUAAAAUUAUUUUUAAUUUCACUUUUUUUAAACAGGUGUUUCUUGGUGGUUGGGGAAACACAAAAUCUGCAAUUCGCAAAAAUAACGAACAACCAGACAAAGUUAUUGUUGAUACCCCAAAAAUAUUGAACGGUGGAGAAGCUAAAGGAUUUUGGAUCAAAUGGGGAGGCGGUUUUAUUGGUGUAGGAAAACAAGGUGAAGAAAAUCCAUUUAUGUCAUGGCAAGAUGAUGAAUCUCUUAACGUCACCUACUAUGGAGUGCGCACUGGAUGGGGUGCUACUGGUGUAUGGACUAUUGAAGGUUUGCUUCUAUUAUAAAUAAUUUGAUUUUAGGUAAUUAAUAUAAAUGGUUCUUAAACAAAUUAAAAGAGUUCUCUUACCUAUUUUAUCUAUAGACUAGCAUGUUUUUUUUCUUGAUUGCUCCACAAUAACCUGCUCCUUAGACUUCUCCUGUUUUAUUCAAGAUGCUUUUGAAAACAAAAUUCAAGUAGAUAUUAUCUUCAUGGAUUUUUCUAUGGUUUUCGAUUAUGUGAAUUUUUUAUACCUUAUACAUAUUUUAGAUAAAUUAGGUAUUGGCAAUCCAUUUUUGUCAUGGUUGCACUCGUAUUUAACUGAUAGAUGAGAAUUUGUCAAUUUAUUUGAUUUUUCAUCUAAAAUAUUCAAGGUAGCAUCUAGUUCCUCAAGGUGGACGUUUAUCUCUUUUAAUAUUUAAUCUUUUUAUCAAUACAGUUUUUCUAAAUAUUCAUUGUUAUAUUUUACUUUUUGAUGACGACAUUAAACUUUUUGCCUUGGUAACUUCAACAAGGGACUGCAACAUCUUAAAUAGUCAAUUAAUAGUUUUGUUAUCUGGUGAAACGCGAUUGGCCUAAAUCUUAAUACUGACAAAAGUAAAAAGUAAAGUGAUGACAAAAGCCAUGUCCUUUUCUAGAUCCCGGGUAUUUAAUUUAAUGAUUAUAAAUUAUUUUCUUAACGGCUCACUUUUAAAACGUGUCUUUUAAAUUAAAGAUUUAGGAUUCAUAUAUUCAACAUUUUUUCUUUUAGAUCUCAUAUUGAAUAUAUUUAUUGUAAGGCCUUAUGGAUUUUAGGGUUUUACAACGUUACACUACUAAUUUCAAAUUAGCGCUUUGUUUAGGUACACUUUAUUUCACCUUUGUGCGAUCUAUCUUUGAUUAUGGAUUGAUAGUUGAGAAUCAAACUUUUCAGGUUGAGAUCAAACUAGUUGAACUAGCUAAGAAAAACUUUCUUAGUUUUACAGGUUUUUACUGAAAAUUUAUCAUCUCUAUCAUUACUAUAAGUCAGUUAUGGAAGAUUUAAUACUCGUUCUCUAGAAAAUAGGCAGCUAAGGUGAUUCAAUUAUUUUUGCUCAAUCUUCUUUAUGGUACGAUUGACUCAUCCCAGCUCCUUGAGCAUAUUAGUUUAGUGUUCUGAGCAAUCAUACCAGAUCCCAUGAUAUAUUUCACCUUCCAACUUCUCAAUCCUUUUUUUUUAUGAAUGAUCCCUUGGUUAGAGAAAUGAGUUUCUUAAAUGAUAAUAGUGCUAAUAUUUGGCUCUAAUAAUUUUGUUUUGUAUUAUAAAUUUUUGUUUCACUAUUUUUAUAAUUAUUUUAAGUUAUUAUUUAUAUUUAAUACUUAUAUAAUAUAAUAUAUUUACAUAUAUAUACAUAUAUUUAAUUAUUUAUACCAUUUUCAAAAGUUGAUCAGAGCAUGUAUAUGUAUAAAAUCGGACAUAUGUCCCCCUACGUCAUAGCCAUUGUUUUAGGCAGGAAAAUAAAUUAGUUAUUAAAGUCAUAAUUUUUAUUUGGAAGUGUUGCAAUAACUGUAUUUAUAAAGCUAGGUACCUAUAAAUAAAUAAAUAUGAUUUUUCAAAAUUGUCAUUUUAAUAUUGGCUGGUUAUUUAUUAUCAAUUAUUUAAAUUUAAGAUUGGUUUUUUUUUAAGUCUAUUUUUAUUUAUUUAUUUUUUAUUUUUAAUUGAAUUCAAAUAGAUAACAUUUACAUUAACACUGAAGAUAGUAUGGAUUACAUAUCUAGGGUUAUACUUCAUGGCUCCAUAAGUUUUUCAGUUGAUAGUGCUAAUGAUGCACACAUUGCUUUGACAACUAAAGAUAAGGAAUCUGAACCUAUGAUAGAAGUAUUUCUUGGUGGUUGGAAGAAUUCAGCAUCUGCCAUUCGUUACAAUAAGCAAACUCCAGACAAGGUUCAAAAUGUUUUUAGUUUACAGACUUGCUUAAAUUGACAUUUUAACAUUUCUUAAAUUUAAUUUUUUAAUAAUAAUAAUAUAUAUUAAUAUAUUAUAGGUAUCUAUUCUAACCUUAUAAUAAUAAUAAUAAUAAUAUAUAAUAUUAAGGUUAACACAUCUUGAAAAAUUGACACAUUUUAUUAAUUUUAUGUAGGUAACUCAUUAUUUUAUUUUACUAAAACGGCUGAUGUCUAACAACAAUGAAAAAUAUAUUUAAUGUGAUUCAAAUAUAUAAAAUUAUUGAUAUUUUUAAAGGUGCGCAUUGAUACUCCUCAAAUUCUGUCUAAAGACACUCCAAAGAAAUUCAUCAUCUCUUGGAGAGACGGUAUUAUUGAAGUGUUUCGCGACAACUCCAAAUUAUUUGAAUGGAAAGAUUCAAAUCCAUUUAGCAUUUCUCAUUAUGGUAUUCGUACUUGUUGGGGGGCGGUUGGUAAUUGGCGCAUUCACGGUGCAGCAGAUGAAAAAUUUAAAAGUCAAAUAGUUUCCACCCCAAAACCAAAACCUUCAAAAGGAAAAGGUUAGGAAUAUCCCCUGUGUACAAUUUUUUGUUAUGAUUUAUUUGUUCUGUUUAUUUAUAUUAAAAAAUAUUAAUAAUUAUAAAAACUUUUGUUUAAAAAAAUUAUAUUUAAUUAUUGUUUUAUAGCCCCCCCUGCAGCUGCACCUGGUUGGAACAUUGAUGGUCCAACAUUAGGUCCUGUAACAUGGGUACAUGCCAGUAAUGGACAAAUACCAUCAAAUGCUUUGCCUGGUGGUUUCGAUGUUAACAAUGAACAGCUUUAUGUUGCUCGAGCUGAACACAAUGGUGCUCUUAUUCCUGGAAAACUUGUUCCUUCACACGGUGUUGUUUAUGUAGCUUGGGGUGGUGUUGAAAAUCCUAAAGAAAAUUAUGAAGUUAGAAUAUACAUUUUUUCUAAAUAAAUGUUAACUAAUAAAUUUUUAGUAGGUUUCUAAUAUGUACAUAUUUAUGUUAAUUAUUUAAUAUAGGUACUUUGUAACUGUACUGGUACAUGGGUGAAAGCCAAUGAUGGAGAAAUUCCUGUUGGAGCAUUAUCAUCUGGACAUACAGAAGACGGUGAACCAUUGUUUGUUGGCCGUGGAGAAAUUGACGGGUCGUUAACUGUAGGAAAGGUAAAUAUGAAAGUCUUAUUAUAUUGUUUAUAUUUAAAUAUUUUGCAAGAUGUUAUAUAUUAUAUUCAAUAUUUAAUAUUUACAUAAAAAAAUAAUUUAAAUUGUUUAGUGUAGUUAUUGACAUAUUUUUUUUUGUCAUAUGGUUUAUUAUAUUAUAGUGUUUAUAAAUAUAAAUUAACUGUACAAAAUAGAUAAGUUAUAUUACAUUAAUUUUUUAUAUUUUUAGUGAAUUAAAUUGUAUAAACAUAUUUUUAUUGGUAUCUAUUUAUCUCUCUAUUUCUACUUAUCUAUAUAAUAAUUAACACUCAUAAUUUGAGUAAGUAUUUAAGCCAUAUAAAUUAUAGUAAAAUAUCAACAAUCUCUCAAUUAUAACUAGAAAUGUUCAUAUAAUUGAAACAUUACAAAACUUGUAUUAAGAAAAUACAUUUUAUUGGUAUUCUACUGAAACUUUAUUUUAAACAAUACAUAAUCAAGCAAUAUGCUUUCAUAUUACUAACAAUAUUAAAUAUUAUAUCUUCUAUAACAUCAUAAUACUAAUUGGUGAAAAGUAGAUUUUAUAAUAAUUUUUUGUUGAUGAAUUUAUUAUAUUUUAUUAUUAAUUUAAAGUAUCAGCUAUCCAUAUUUCUAUUGUUAAAUCCUAAAUAAAUAAACAUUUAUGUUUAUAUUUUUCACUGUUUAUGUUGUUGCUUAUUUAUAUAUGUUAAUAAUCUACUUUAACUAAUUUAAUAUUUCUAUUGUAAUAAAAUGUAUAUAUUUUUAGGCAAAACAGAAAUAUAAUCAAAUAUUGACUCAGAGUUCUUCUAGCUUUCGCUCUGAGGAAAAUUCUUCUAUAAAUACACUAAUAAUGAAAUUAUUGAAGUCUUCGUUAGAAAAAGAAAAUGAUGAUCAUAAUAUUUUUGGUGCUUAUGUAGCUAUGGAAUUGAGAAAUUUGAAGACAUCUGAUCAACAGAAAAAAUUAAGAGCCGAAAUAAGAGAUGCUAUAUCUCGAGUUGAAAAAUCUGAAAAUAAUAAACAUAGUGUAAAUAAUACAAAAGAAUUAGAUGAUUCAAAAUAUAAUCUCACUGGUACUUUAGCAAAUAAUAUUGAAGUAGCUAAUGUGUCUCAUGAAAAAUUUAAAAGAGAUAGCUGGGAAUUAGUUAACUAAUUUUUGGAUAUUGCAGUUUCAAAAAAAAAACAUAAUCUCUAUUUAUUUAUGUCUCAAAUUAUUUUUUUCUUAUAUGAUUCUACUAGUAAUUAAAUAGAUGUCUUUUCUUAAAAUUGAUUUAUUAUACUAUUGUUUGCAACUGAGUUAAAUCUAUGAUUGUAAUUGUUUUGACAUUAAAUGAAACUUUAUUUUUCACGCAUUUCCAAUAAUACACUAGUCUGUCUCACGAAAGAAAAGUAUUGUUUCGCACAAGCUCCACACCACCACCCCGAGAUGGUAGCUUAUGUAUACCGGGUUGAAAUGGGGUCUAAACGAGGAACGGCGUAGGAGAAUGCACGUCACUGACCAAUUUUUGUUAAAACACUGUACCUUUUUUCAUGAGACAGAAUAUAGCUAUAAAUUAUAAUGGUUACAGAUAUAUAUUUUGUAUACAUAUAUUUUAAACUAGCUCUUAAAUUUAUUUUGGUGGAAAAAAUUAUGUUUUUUUUAUUUAUUUUGAAGUUAGUAAUUAGCGCGCUAGUUUGUAAUUGCAUAUACAGUUAAUUCUGCUUAAUGUGGGCAGUUACCUAAUAUUGGUAUAAUGGUCUGGUCCCAUUUUUAAUGUAUAACGAUACUCAUUUUGGUUAAAAUGGGCCUUAUGUAGACAAAUGUAACAGCUCCCAAUGUGCCCAUAUUAAGCAAAAUCCACUGUAUAUAUUUUGAUUAAAUCAGAUAUCAUUAAUUAUCAGAGGUAAUAUACUAUUAUGUUUAUUUAUUAUACUUUAUAAUAAUUAUCUAUCUAGUAUAAUAUAAGUGUAUACAAUCAUUUUUUUCAUAAUUAAUUUCUUUUUACUGUAUGUUUAUUUAUAUUCAUAACUACACUUAUUGUUUUCUAUGUGAUAUUAUUAUAUUGUUGAUUAUACACCUAAUGAUCAAGCUUGAUACUAAAACUUUAGAUUUAUUUUUAUAUAUUAAAGACCUUGUUCAAUAACUCACUAGGUAUUAUUGUUUUUUUUUUUUUAGUCUGCAAAAUAAUAUUUAUGUUGUAAUAUUAUUUCAAAGGCAGCAUUUAAUAACCACAAAUUGACAUACUAGUUAUAAAAGAAUAUGUUUUCAAAUCUUAACCUUCAUAUUUUAUGAUUUUAUUUUUAACUUUGGGGUUAUAAUUGCAUGUCAAUUUUCAAUGCACACAGUAAAAUUUUGUUUUUGUUCAUUAAAUGUGUUUACACAAAUAUUGUACUGUAUAGAUUUUAUGUUUAAUUACAUCAACUACAUGAUUAAAUGGGUUUUAAUGCUCAGAGACUAAUGAUGCAAAGACAUUAUAUAUUAUAUUACUAAUGUUAUUUGUAUACAUGUUAUUUAACAUCAUCUAAUAAUUAAUUAGUUACAUUAUCAUUUUUCCUCAUUCUAUUUGUACAUAUAAUGACAUGUUUAUCUAAUUAAAUUUAAAAUAACUACUUACUGCAAUAUGAACAAUUUAAGUUAUAAUAAAUACCAAUGUAUGUAUUCGAAUUAAAACUAUUGGUUUAAAAACCAAUUUCAAAAUAAAAUGUGCACCUAUUUCACCUUCAUAAUUAUUAGAUAUACGUCUAAAUAUACAGAGGUGGCCAAAAGUCACGCAACGCUUACCGUCUUGUAUGGAACGCGUUUUUCCCUCCACGUCGUUUCCGUUACACCAUAUUGCCACUUUGGUCUCAUUAUCUUGUUAAACGUACAACAACAGCAGCAAGGUUUAUAAAAAAAUAACAACCUAUUAGACACAGUUUCAUGUUCGUUAUCGUUUGUAACACUGCCGAAAUGCAAAUUUGUUUUGCGACUUUUGGCCACCUCUGUAUAUUAAAAUCAGUUCUAUUAAAAAAAUCAUUUAAACAUCUGAAAGUUUUAUAAGAAUAAUUUGUUAUUGUUACAGGUUCAACCUAGUCACAGUGUGUGUUAUGUACCAUAUGGCGGCUUAGAAGUACCAUUGAAUGAUUACGAAGUAUUGGUGGCUUAAAUGCAUUCAAAUUCUCAAUCAGAUAUUUGCAAAUUUUUAUAUGGCCAGCUAUAAUAACUCAUUCAUAUAUUUUACAUUUAAUUUAUUAUAAUAUUUA